AUGACUUCAACACGAAAAACACAAAAUGUUUUUGCUCACAGUCCUUCACUGCAAAUUCUUUGGAAAUGUGCAGGUCAACGACGUUUAGUAACAAAAACUUUGAUUAAUUCAGCAAGUUUCAAAACUAUCUAUAAAGAUGUUCUUCAAUAUGUCAAUUCGACAACUCGUCGUCGUUCACCAUUAGCAUUGGUUCUUGAUAGUCAUCUCUUGCUUGGCCUGACAUAUGUUUACUCAAAAAGCGUUAUUCUGUGGUAUCAGGAUGUGGAAAAAUUAUAUAAGGAUGCAGUAGUACAUCGGUUUUUUGAAUUCGAUGAUCCGACAAAAACAAAAUUAACUCGAAAAAAAGAAACAGUGUUAACAACUACACAAUGGCAAAUUGAUAUCGAUGAGAAUCUCUUACCUGACGAACGAAUGCUAUUGGAACGAGAUUUCUCAAUUGAAUUACCACGGCAAUCAACACCGCCAGAACGUAUUCAAACACCGGACAACUUACCACCGCUUCCAUGGGAAGUAUCCAAACCAACUCAUGGAAAACGUAUCACCUUGUUGCCUGAUAUUGAAGAACCAAUGCCGACAUUCGAUAUCGUCGAUGAUCGCUUCGGUGAACCAUUACCUGCUUCACAACAACCAACACCGACUACAACAGUAAUGGAUGUCGAUGAACGUGAAGAUCGAACGUUCUUUCGCGCUGCAUCGGAAGAAAGAAGCAAAGAAUUACUUCGAGGUGCUUUUCUUUCAAUUCUUUUACCUAUUUCGUAUUUCCAUUUGAAACUUUUAGCACCCCGAGCUGAUCGACAUAUGGGUGCGAGUGAUCGGUAUAUUCGUCCCAGUGAAGAACGAACGAUUGAUGAACAUCGACCACAACGUUCAGCAGCAUCUGAUUUACCACCACCAUUGCCAAUCUUACCAAUGGAUACAACGGUAGUCACACCUGUUCCAUCAGAUCGUACCACAGCUAUUACACGUGAUCAGUUCUCAACUGAUGCAUUGGCUUUCGUCACCAGUACAAUUGAUACAUAUCCAAUUUAUAGUUCAACGCCAACAAAAACUAUUCUACUCGGCGCCGAUUGUAUUCUAAGUGGUAAUGUUCCAUUGAUUACUGUCCAAGAGCCAACAAUGAUUGGUGCAGAUGAAAUGCCUGUACAAAUGGAUACACUACCUCCAUUACCAGAUCAACAAUUACCACAUGAUGCGCCUAUCGGUUUAGGUAUCGAUGCUCAAGUUCCUGAUAUGAAUAUGAUUUCAACUGAAAAUAAAAAGGAAUAUUUUCGUGUUUCGAAAAAGAAACGCAAUGCACCAAAUGCGUUGAACAAAAAACGAAAAGAUGCAGCACUGUAUCGAAAUAUUGUUGAUUUCAAUUAUGAUGCAUUGAGAGAAUAUGAGGAAGAUGAACAAGAAAUAUUUGAAAAGAAUAAACAACAAUAUAAACCAUGGUCUACAUUAAUUGGUCGAAACGGAACCAAACGAAUGAACAAAUUAUUGGAUAAAGCUAAAACGGCGUUAUCAACAGUCGAUCUUGAUGCUCUUAUCGAUGAUAUUACAAAUAUUGCCAAAGUAUUUACUGAUCCAGAUGAAUCUGGUAAUCUUGCUCAAAUACGUCGUACAGGUCAAGAAUUAGCAAUUCGACGCGGUCAAUCAAGUGGUCUUUUACCGAAAGCGGGCACUCGAUCACCUUCAUCAAUUGUCCCAACAUUGCAAGACCGUGCAUCUCAAUUACCGCCAACAACCAGUGAUGGAGGUAUACUUCCGACAUUUCCAAGUGGUUUUGAUGAUCUUCCGAUCAAUCUGCCGCAACCAUUCGAACCAUUACCUGAUAUUCAACAGCCACUUUCACCAUUACAAUCAAAACGACGAACUCAAAGUACCGUUCCGGCACCAAUUGAACCAUUACCAACUUGGCAGGAUAAACAGAAGCAAAAAGCGAUCGAUGAUCUUCUCAAUUCGGCGAGUAAACCAGGUGGUGGAGCAUUUAGCGAGUUUCUCAAACAAUCAGAUGCAACUCGUAUUCAAGCAUCACGCCUUUUCAGUGUUUUACUUGUACUUUGUGGUGACGGACGAUUGAAGGCACACCAAAAAGAAGCUUAUGGUGAAAUCAGUCUUUUUAUUAAUGAUAAAUACGAUUCAAACAAACAAUUUCAACCUAAUAUUCAUAAUUUGUCACCCAUGGAAAGUGAUGACAAUCAAUUUUAA